AUCAGCACUGCUGCUGUUGUGUUGCAACAACUGACAGGUGGAUGACAUUAAAGUACCGCGAGAUCAUUUCGAAAGCAGUUUCUUUUGUAUGAUUCCUCGAAUCGCUCUCGCGGGAUUUUUAUGUUAUCUGCCGCUCGGUUGUGACGCCGCGAGACGUCCCUUACGGGACAAAAAAAUUAGGCUAAAAAAAAUUAGGCUCAAAAUACGCGACGUCUCGGCUAAUACGGGACAGUUGGCAACCCUACCGACACGACAUCUGGGAUUUGCACGUGUGUAUAUUGUAGCCAUUCUCCAAUUAAACGUUUCGGUAAUGGCGCAGAUAUUGUAGCCAUACUCACACACGACUUUUAUUUUGAAAGAGAGCAGACUGACGUCAUCCACGGAAGCGCUACGUCUACUGCUGCUGUUCAAUGACAGACCGCUGACAUUAAAGAGACUACAGCAGGGAUUUGCACGUGUGUAUAUUGUAGCCAUUCUCUAUUUAAACGUUUCAGUAAUGGCACAGCUAUUGAAGUGAGUUUUUUUAAACGUAUACGUUUCUGCUUUGCUUUUAUAAAAUGAAGGAAACUAGUAAAAAGGGAGAAGGAUGGACGUUGACUCUUGCACUAACUGUCUGCUCUGCAGCCAUUGGUGGCACUUUUCAGUAUGGCUACAAUAUUUCAAUCAUCAAUGCACCCACAUCUCACCUGCAGAAGUUCAUCAAUGAGACGUGUGUGAGAAGAUGGGGUACUGCUCUGGGGCCCACACAGGUGACAGUGAUAUGGACAGUUAUUGUUUCCUCCUUUUCACUCGGAGGAUUUUUUGGCUCCCUGCUUGCUGGACCCAUGGCUAUCCGGUUUGGGCGUAAAGGAGCACUGCUACUAAACAACUGCUUUCUUUUAUUAAGUGCAGUCAUUGUGUUGAGCAGCCGCUCAGCUGGAUCUUUCGAAAUGGUCAUCCUUGCUCGUCUGCUGGUGGGUGUCAAUGCCGGAGUUAGUAUGAAUGUCCAGCCCAUGUACUUUGGGGAAAGUGCCCCUAAAGACCUCAGAGGGGCUGUCGCCUUUUCCUCCGCUGUUUUUACUGCUCUGGGAAUCUUGUUGGGUCAGGUAACCGGUCUUACUGAGGUUCUGGGGAGCGAGUCUGUCUGGCCGUAUCUACUGGCGAGCAAUGCUCUCCCUGGUCUUGUGCAGCUGCUCACCCUGCCCUGGUUUCCAGAAAGCCCACGUUACCUUCUCAUCGACAAAGGAGAUAGCAAGGCCUGCAUCCAAGCCCUGAAGCGCCUUAGAGCCUGCAGCGUUUUUGACUCGGAGAUGGAGGAGAUCCUUCAAGAGAGGACGGGAACAGGUGAAGUCCGUGCCAAAACUAUGUGGGAACUCUUCGCCGACCGAAGCCUUCGCAGGCAGCUCUGCACUGUUAUGGCAGCCAGUAGUGCCAUGAUGCUGUGUGGUAAUGAUUCCAUUUAUUUCUAUGCAUCCUAUAUCUUUCAGGAAGCUGGCAUUCCUUUGGAAAAGAUCCAGUAUGUGGCCAUUGGCACUGGCGCGUGCGAGUUCACCUCCGCCGUGGUGUGUAAUUUACUGAUAGAGCGUGUCGGACGCAGGUUGCUUCUCGCAGGUGGGUAUGCGCUCAUGGCUUGCUGGGCGGUGGUCUUCACUGUGGCUCUGUCACUGCAGGGAAAAGUGCCCGGCAUGCCUUAUCUGAGUAUGGUGUGUGUUUUUGCCUACAUCUUGAGUUUUGGUAUGGGUCCCGCAGGGGUCACGGGGAUUCUUCCGGCUGAACUUUUUGACCAAAUGGCUCGCCCUGCAGCUUACAUGGUUGCCGGCUCUAUGAUGUGGCUUAAUCUCUUCCUUAUGGGAAUGGCAUUCCCUUUUAUUGUUAACGGCCUGGGACAGUUCUGCUUCAUACCGUUCGGUGGUGUUUGUGUAGCCGGGUGUCUUUUUAUUGGUUUUACUUUACCUGAAACCAAGGGGAGGACACUAGCAGAGAUCACAAAGGAGUUUGACAAGCGCAAUGAGAAAGUGACAUCUAAUGGAUUUUUGAAAUGUGGACAGAGAAAACAAAGUCAAAGUCUGACUGAUCAAACAGCAGAGUACCUAGAGAUCGAAAAGGUUUGACACGUUGUACUACAUUUUCUUCAGACACAUGAUGUUUGACUAUGAUAGAAACGCAAAGGCAUUGCUGACAAAGCACUUUCGAUGCUUCAAUACCUCGUUUUAAGUUAAGGAAGUUUGUGUUACUGCUUAAAACUAAAUCUGGUAAAGGGUUCCUAUGCACAUUUUUAGUAGGACUGUUUAUUGACAAAAUGUAUUGAAUUCGAACCCUUGUUGUUCAAAGGCUUAAGUGACCUUAAUGAUCUAUAUUUUUAUACCUAUAGACACAUAUGUCUUAAGUAAGGUUUAAUAAAUGAGCUUAUCUUUAUUUAUUUAUUUAAAUUAUAUUUCACCAUUGUACUUUUACAGGUGCUGCUAGGUAAUAUAAUGUGCAUGUUGGGAAUUCAUGUGGAACUGACAUCAGGAUCUCUUAUUUAACAUGCAUGUUUUGCUGUGAGUGAUUAAAGAAAUUCUUUAAUCCUAAUGCUUACAAAGAUGAGAAUUGGCAUUUUGCAAUUUGCAUUGAAGUAUUUUACCUCAUUUAGUGAUCACAUGUUGUUCAUUAUUUAUCCGUAUGGUAGCUGAAGAGAGUAGCAACACCCAAAAAGAUAAAAUUCUAUCUUAUAUGAGAACUUAUUGCAUGUUUGCACCAGAAGAUGGCACUGUACACCAGCAUUCUUUUUGUGUAUAUUCAUUUAAACAAGUUCACAGCCUUUGCAUGCCAUUGCCUUUAGGUGUCAAGAAGAGGGAAAUUGUCCUUGCAUGGUGCUUUUCCCUUAUCUUCAAAGUUUUAUGAAGUUGCUGUCAUUAAGUGUGUGUGCGUGUGUGCACACUACUGUAUAUUCGCACACAACCGGUCAAAAGUUUAGGGUCACUUACUCAUUUCUUUGUAAACUCCCUAAACCGUGGAAUAACACAACUGUAAUUUUAGGAAUUAUGUUGUGACUAAAGACAAUCCAGAGGAAAUUAAAAGGAUGUUAUAUUUUAACUAGGGGUGUGAAGAGACACUUACUCCACAAGACAGAUUUUGACACUUUUUAAGAAAUCCUCAAUGAUUAAAUAUAUCCUCAAUGAAUGAAAAACUGAAAUCGCAUAAGUUCUUAAAAAUCACAUUUAUAAAAAUAAAUGUUUUAACUAAUCUAGGACUGUCCCUAAUAUUUUUUUAAGUAAUUCAUAAUGAAGUAAUUUGAUUAUUGUUUGAUAAUAAAAAUAGAUCUAAGUGAACAAUAACCUUUAAAAAUACAUGAUAAUGAUAAUGCAAUAAUAAUUGGUUCAAAUAAAGAAUCAAAACCAAGUAAACACAUCGUUUUAUUAAAGAAAAACAUACAUGUAAAAACCAGCAUUAUGAUUUAUAACAAAUGUCUGCAGAUGGCGCCAUUGGACUCGCGAUUGCUUAUUUACUUCAAUUUUAGAUUGAGAAAAUUCUUACUUUUGGCAAAACAAAUCCAUUUAAAUCUUUAAUAUUUGUCCAAUUCUUUACAAUAGAAAUCUCCACGAGAAAUCAUGUGACAUUUUAAUCUCUUGACUAGAAUUUGUGAAAAAUGUUUAUCAAACAGCAACAAUUACAUUUUUGACAAUUUUUCAAAAUGGAAGGAUAUGACUUUCAAAACAUUUGAGUAAAGUAAGCCUUAACUUUUGAGGGGUAAAUGUGUGUGUGUAAUCAAAUGUAUUGUCUAUAUAUAAAGCAAUUCUUUUUCAUUUUAUUAUUUAAUUGUAUGAUUUUAAAUUGUUUUUUUGCGUUCUGUGGGAAAUCCUGCUGUACUGUUUGAAUGUCUGUAUACUCUGAAUACCUCAAACUAUUUUAAUGUAUGCAAAAAAGUUGCAAAAUGUAAAAAACAUUAAAAGGCUGGCGAUACCUCAUUGCUCCAUUCAA